UGUUGUGAGCUCUCAUAGCCGGGGCUCCCGUCGCCUCUUCUGCACGCUGUCCUCGUGGGCUUCUUGCUUCUUCUACGACCAUGGCCUCAGGAGGUCAGCACUUGCCUCCUCAGACCCAAGAGCUCCAACCCGGCAAGGAGCAUAUCAUGGAACCCACGCCUCAACCCAUCAGUGACGAAUAUAAGCCCGCAAACAAGCUUCAGGGGAAGGUAGCGCUUGUCACCGGAGGCGACUCUGGCAUCGGGCGGGCGGUGUGCUACUGCUUCGCACAGGAGGGCGCGACCGUGGCGUUCACAUAUGUCAAGUCUCAGGAAUUCAAAGAUGCAAAUGACACCCUCCAGAUGCUGAGGCAGAUCAAGAAGCACGACGCCAAGGAUCCCAUUGCGAUCCCAGCCGAACUCGGGUACGAGGAGAACUGCAGGAAGGUCGUCGAGGAAGUGGUCAACGCGUAUGGGCGUAUCGAUAUCUUGGUCAACAAUGCGGCCGAGCAGUACGAGCGGUCCUGCAUCACUGACAUCACCGAGGAGCAGCUCGAGAGGGUCUUCAGGACGAACAUCUUCUCUUAUAUGCACGUUUCCAAGUUUGUGGUGAAGCAAAUGAAGGCAGGAGGCUGCAUCAUCAACACGACGUCCGUCAACGCCUACAAGGGCCAUAAAACGCUGCUGGACUACACGUCGACGAAGGGGGCAAUCGUCGCCUUCACCAGAGCGCUGGCGCUGCAACUGGCGGACAAGGGGAUUCGCGUGAACGGAGUGGCACCGGGGCCGGUGUGGACGCCGCUGAUACCGGCUUCCUUCCCGGAGGAGGCGGUGGCCAACUUUGGGAAGGAGGUGCCGAUGGGCAGAGCCGGGCAACCCUACGAGAUUGCGCCGUCCUACGUCUUCCUUGCAUCGACGCCAGACUCAUCUUACAUCACUGGGCAAGUCAUCCAUCCUAACGGCGGCACUAUAGUGAAUGGCUGAAGCAAUGAUCUGAGACCUCAGCAGUAGUUCCUAUUAAUGGUCUUCGUUUUCUGGUCUUCCAUGUGAAUGUUACAGUAUAAUGUGGGCUUGUUGGUUGCCAUAUAAGUGCAU